AUGGCAGGUUGCAACACAAGAGCUUUAUUCCGACGAGUUGAUCAGCUGUUGAAUAAGGACCUGGCUUACGAUACCCUUACAAGUGUAGAGUUCAAAGCUUCUGGGAUCGAGAAUGACCCGUUCAUUGUCGAUUGGAUGUUACGCGAUCCUGUCAAUCCUUUGGAAUUCACAUCCAUUCGCGAGUGGGGCUUCACCUUCAUCAGCUCCAUCUCAGCGCUCUCUGUUCCCUUUGCAUCUUUUGCAUAUAGUGGAGGUAGCAGAAGCAUCAUCUCUGGCUUUGACGAAUCGCAGCAUGGUUCCAUUCUUGUCGCUGCUGUGGUUGCGCCCAACGUACAAAGCCUGAUUAUCUUCCACUUUCUUGCUGGCGCAUUUGACUCUUCGCAUCAGUCUAAUGUUGGUGGUGUUAUUGCAGACAUGUUCGAAGCUGGAGAGCGAGGAUUGGCUCUGACUAUCUUCGCGGCUGCUCCGUUCCUCGGCCCAGUCAUGGGUCCAAUUGUCAGGAAGAUGAGUGCUGUCAUCUACUCGAUCUUCGAGAAUCCAGGUUAUGACAGCAUUCUGGAGCAAAGUGCCUCACAACAUGCCGAACCAGAAGCCCGCCUGCCCCCUAGUAUCAUUGGACCGAUUGCGAUACCUAUUGGUCUAUUCUGGAUCGUAUAG